GGGCAACAAAAUUACCCAGCCAUGGUCCCUUCAAGAACAAAAUUGACGUCUCCGGAGCCAGUCCAAGGUUUCGGUACAUACAUAUAAGAGGGAGCGUAACCUCCCCUGAGGUGUUCAUCGACAGCCACCACAGCCGUCUCACAUAAGAUUUCUCUCACCUCUCGACACCUUCUGCGAUUCCUGUCGCCUCCGGGGAAGACUCCACUUCUUGGGUUGCUGUUCCGAGACCACCAGGAGAAGGUUCAGUUUAUGGGAUUGUAUCGUCGCACGUGGUCUGAAGUUCUUGGCACAGAGAUCUCCAGUCCGAGGACACACAAAUUCGACAUGGUUAACAAAAUCCCAGCUCCUUGGGAUGAACAGAAGAAGAACAUGACACUGAAAUCACAAGGCCAAGAACAUCUCUUCUCCAAGGCCACACUGAUGCACUCUGUGAGUUUCAAACAGUGGCGAGGAGGAGAGGAAUCCACAGGUUCAGUUCAGAAUAAGAGCAAACAGAGCCUGGUAAAUGGCAUCCAAGACCGACGCAACUCUGACGCAUUGAGCCCCAAUGUUUCAUCCAGCCCCAAAUGUGAGCUUGAUGCCGCAGCCGUGAAACUUCAAAAGGUUUACAAGAGUUACCGGACCAGGAGAAACCUCGCCGACUGCGCAGUCGUCGUAGAGGAGCUAUGGUGGAAAGCACUGGACUUUGCAUCACUGAAGCACAGCUCGAUAUCGUUCUUCAACGGCGGAAAGCCCGAAACGGCGGCGUCGCGGUGGGCGAGGGCAAGGACAAGAGCGGCUAAGGUUGGCAAGGGGUUAUCUAAGAACGGGAAGGCUCAGAAGCUGGCAUUGCAGCACUGGCUCGAAGCUAUUGACCCUAGGCAUCGAUAUGGGCACAAUUUGCAUAUCUAUUAUGAUGUCUGGUCCAGGAGUGAGAGUACGGAGCCCUUUUUCUAUUGGUUAGACAUUGGGGAGGGCAAAGAAAUAAAUCUUGAGAAUUGCCCUAGGAGUAAACUUCAGGGGCAGUGCGUCAAGUACCUUGGACCACAAGAGAGGCAACACUAUGAAGUUGUUAUUGAGGGUGGCAAACUUAUGUUCAAACAAACCGGGGUUCUUGUGCACACUUCGGAUGACUCCAAGUGGAUUUUUGUCCUCAGCACCACAAAGGCAUUCUAUGUUGGCCAGAAGAAGAAAGGAUCGUUUCAGCAUUCCAGCUUCCUAGCUGGUGGAGCCAUAACAUGUGCUGGACGAUUGGUGGUCAAAGAUGGAAUUCUCAAGGCAAUAUGGCCAUACAGUGGCCACUACCUUCCAACGGAAGACAACUUCAGAGAUUUCAUUCGCUUCCUUCAGGAGAACGACGUUAGCCUCACCGAUGUCAAGAAAUCUGCUGUCGACAAACAUGACGAGUACCCGUUGCUGAGCAACUCUGACGCUCAGCCUGAACAUGUUGAGAAUAACGAUGCAGCAGGUGCCGCUGCUCAAGAUCUGACAGAAGUUGAGAUAGACGGCGUCCUCACCGGCGAGGCAUAUCAUGGAUCGGCCGACCACGAUGACAUGAGCGAUGCUGAGGAAGAUGCCGGCACUCCGGUGGACUCCCACACCACCGACACCGAAGAAGAAGAAGAGGCCAAUAAUAUUUCAGAGCAGCGGCCGCCUGCAAGUGUCGAUCGUAGCAAGAACCAUCAGACGUGCCGGUGGUCGACGGGCACCGGUCCACGCAUCCGGUGCGUGCGCGACUACCCGCAGGACCUCCAGUCCAGGGCCCUCGAGCACGUCAACCUCUCGCCCAGGCUCGCCGGCUCGCCGUCGAGGAAGAGGGACCCGGUGCCCUCGCCGCGCCCCAGCCCGGGGAUGAUACUCUCGCCGAGGCUCGCGUCCGUCGGGUUCCAGCCCCGGACGGUGUCUCUCACGCUCCCAGACUUCAAGAGGAGCAGAUUGCAGUGAACAAUCCUGUUUUCGCGUAGCAGAUCAGGAAUUCAGAAUAACAACCGGUCCAUUUUUCUUUCUACACAGGCAGUGUUUUUUUUUUUUUUUGAGAAUUCAGGGCAGUGAUUCU